AUGCUAGUAAGUAUAAUCAAUAGAAUAUUCAGAACUAAUCUAAUGCUGAUAGAUAAAAAGUACUUGCCUUUUAUAGAUAAAUAUUACAUGCUAUAAGUUGGUCUUGAAAAUUAAAGCCAAGAAUAAAGUUUUAUCCUGAAAGAGUUUUUCAAAUUGGUUAAUAUUUUAAUCUAUCCUCAAAGAAUUUAGCUUGCUUCUAACUAAUAGUUUUCUGCAGCAGGGCUCAGUCAAAAUACAAAUUAUGAUUCAUAAUCUAAAGUGAGAGACAUCAUUCUUUAUCUAAAGGUUAUCAAAUAAAUCUUAAAUAUUCCUGAAAAUAGAAACUCUUCAAAUAAUCUUCACAAUAACAACAAACAAUAGCAAGAUGAAGAUCAUUUAUUUGCAUUGAGUGAUAUAAUUGAUGAUAAUAAAAUAAAUCAGCAUGCUUUGAUUAGACAUCUUAUGUAUUUAUGGGAAUCUAUUAUUGGUAAAAAGGUUGAUAAGAUUCAAAACUUAGAGUUCAAUGAGAUAUUAGAUCUGUAAAGAGAUUUAGAACCAGAACAAGUUAAGAGCUUACAAAUAAGAAUAUGGCUUAAUAUUGAUUUUUCAAAGUAUGAUAGCAAGCCAUCUCUCUUGGAUAACAAACCUAAAAGUGUAUAAAAGGUUAUUCAAACAGAAGACGAUUAACGUAUUAAUGAUUUUAUACAAUUAUAAGAGGACUAUAAGGAGAUUAAGCAGGAAAGAGAUGUAAUUUCUUCUGAAAAGAUGGAACUAUUGAGAGAAAAGCAUACCUAUAACGAAAAAUAUAGUGAAUUACAGAAUGAAUUUGAGGAAAUACAAGAAAGAUUAGAUAGAAAAACAUAAAAAUGCUAAAAAUACAAAGAAAAACUUCUCAGAUUUGAGGAGGAAGGAGUGAAUAAGCAAGGAGGUGUUGAAAGAUUAUAAGAAGAAAUCAAUAUAUUGACAAAAUAAAAAUUGGAGGCUGAGUAGAGGACUAAAAAGUUUGAAUCAUAAUUUAGAUCGGGGCUCAAAGAAAUCGAUUAACUGAGGGAUGAAAUUGAAUAGUUACAAAAUGAAAAGAAGCAAAUUAAACAGCAGGAAAAUGAUCUAGAAGGGGGUCUUUCAGAGCAAUCCAGCUUCAUAAUAUUUAAUUAGCCUAAUACUCAUCAUGACAUGAGAGUUAGUGAACUAGAAAAAGAAAAAGAGGUACUUUUGCAGAAAAUUCAAAUGCUUGAAAAGAUUAAUAAAGAAUUAGUCGCAUAUAAAAAGGCACUUGAGGAAACUAUUGAUGAAAUAGCUAAAGAGUAAGACAAUUAAAAGAGGUUAUAAAUGGUUAAUUUCAAUUUAAUCAGAAGAAAAAGUUUAUUAAGGUUAGAGCAUUCAUAAUUAUUCUCUGAUGUUAAACCACUUCAUACUCCAGAUAAAACUGAAAGAUAAUUAGCCACAACUGUCAUCAAUUAAUAUAUGGGGUAGAAGCAAUCUAUGUUUGACUAAUUUUUACCUGGAAAUAAAAACAGUAAACUAUAAGCACCGAGCUCAGUAUUGGAUAUGCAAAGUACAUCCUAAUUCAACACUUCAUAAAAUGAUGACUUGAUAUCACCGAACUAUCAAACAACUAAUGGUGUCAGAAAUCAGCCAGAUCUAAAUGAGAUUCUAGAAUAGAUUUAAAGAAUGGAUUCAGAGCAAAACACUCCAGCUCAUAGAACUCAAAAUAACAUUUAAAUGGGAGACUCAAAUGAUCAUGAAUAUGGAAGUAACUAAACACAUAGCUUACAAAUGGAAAGCCGUCGUUAAUCAGUCAGUGAUAAUAGAAACAACAAUAUAUUGAGUGGCUUGAUUCGAGAAAACUCUAAUUAAAAGUCUUUGCCAAGGUUAGAAAACGACAAAAGUACAAAUAGCGUUAAAAAUAACGUGUUCACAAAUGAUGCAUUUACAAGUUAAAACAACUAAUAAACUGGAAAUUUUAAUAAAAAUGACUAUAACAAUAAUUUUGAGGAUGAUGAGGAGGAAGAAAAAGAAGAAGAAGAUGAACCAGAAAACAAUAACAUUUUUAAUAUGUUGCUUAAAAAGUAGAUGACGCAGAAACUCUAGGAGUAAAAUAAAUCUCAAAACAUAAUAAAUGCAGACAUAAAAAAGCAAGUAAUUAAAGAGGCAGAGGAUGAGGAUGAAUAUGAUGAAGAGAGUGAUAGCAGUAGUGAUAGUGAAGAAGAAUUUGAUUGA